GGACGUAGCGGCGUGCGGUCGACACAAUGAGACAAAUCGCGGUGGUCGCAGUGAAAGUUUCUUAGAGAAAUGCGUUUGGCGCUCGCCUUUCUGUUUGUGGUGACAUGGCGAGACGUGGUUGGCUUGGACUCGGCCAGCUCGUGUGCGCGGCCGCAUCGGACCACACGUGGACUCCCGGACGCACCAUGCGACCUCAGCAAGCUGAGCUAUUGUACAACGCCAGGGAACAGCUAUCCAUGGCAUGCGAUACGGCGAUUCGUUAGAGAAAAUCAGGGACUUAUGAAAAGAAUGUACGGCGAAGAACGUCACAUAGCAGUGUUGAAAGCUGAAAUAGAAAACUUUAUUGAAGAUGACGAAGACGACAAGUCGAAAGAAUUCGCUGAAGAUAUAAUUAAGACAAAAAUAAAGUACACAAAGAAAACACAUCGAGGUAUAAAAGAUAAACCGCAUUUUAGACCGAUACAAACUGAUAAACAAAAAAAAGAAAACGAUACAUUACGAGUUAAACCACUACACACUUCAAGCAAUAAAACUAAAAUUGAAAAUAAAAAAGUGGAGAAAGUAGAAGAAAAUGAAACUAUAGAUGAUGCAGAAAUAUCAUAUAAAACAAAACUAGAAAGUAUUGCAAAUAUAGAAAUUAACAACCUAGCCCCAGAUGUUAUAACAUUAGAAGCCGUCAUAAAACAAAGUAUCGAAACAAAUAGUAUUUACCCAAAGGUAUCUAGUAAUUCUAAAGUUGAGGCUUUAAAAUUUGAUAAUAAAUCAAAGGAUGAAAGUAAUGUCACUAGUAGUACAGAAAAAGUUAAUUCAACGGAAACGACAUAUGAUCAAUACGAUGAAAUAACAACAGAAUCGAAAGACAGUUGGAAAACGACGGAUACAUCGACUCUCCCACCGACACUUCUGUUCUCUGAGCAUGAAAAAGUCAAAAUAACUGAUCGUAUAGAUACAAAAGUAAAUGAAAAGAAAGAAGAAUUUCACCCAAAACCUCAAGAGACAAUACGACCUGCAGUAAUUAAGUUGCGAGGAGCUAAUGCAUGCGAGUCAAAGGAGGAGAUGGCAGCUCCGUUCUGGGCGAAUAGCACUCGCGGCGAAGUCCUGGCCCUUCUCAACAUGUAUCCUUUCGAGCAGUACAUACAUUUGGAGACCUGCGUACACGAACACAAACAGAUGUAUUGCAGAGAAGGAUGCAGAUGUGAGCAGCAGUAUCGUAUUCACCGACUUCUAGCGUAUGAUCCUCGCAACGAGUGCCGUGGUAUAUUCGCCGACUGGUUCAAAUUUCCUGCGUGCUGUGUUUGCAAGUGCUAUGAUGUUCCAUUGGAGUUUAGAGCCCGGUCUCCAAGAAUUCUUCGUCCUCAAUAUGAUGACGAUGUCAGAAGGAUCAUUUAUGAAGACGUGGCUCGCGAUUGGUACUCGCUAUCCUACGACGACGAAGAUGAUGACUUUUAUUAGGAGUUUUUAACACGUGCAUACACUUAAUUACGACAAUAACAUUAGAUCGUGGUAUUUGAAAACAUCUUAGUUUACAUCAAAUGAGACUAUAGGCAUUGUAUGUUAGGUUCAGUUUCCUUUAAGCGUUAACAGAACAACCUGUCACCCGAACAAACUGACUCGCUAACUCACUAUAGAACUGUGAGACGACUAAAACGUCACCAUAUCCUAGAGCUAGAAUACCAGCUAUAGCUCUAGGCAGAAGAUGAGUAGAUACUUCCAAGUCUUCCAUGGGAAGCCACUCCAUAUCUCCAUAUGACAGCACCACAGAACACAUUUGCUCAUAGGCAUUGCAAAUACGUGCAGAAAAAGGGAUCCGUCAAAAAUAUGUAUAUCUUUUGUAUGUUGUACUGUACUUAUUCAACAAAUAUCACUUGUCCUUAAAUUCAUCUAUAAGAUGUUUUGUUUCUGUACAAAUCCCAUAUAACUAUUAAUAUAUGAGAAAAUAUUAACAUAGAUUUCUAUUUUUAAAGUGCCUUAUAUGCUCUCCAAUUACUCCAAUUAAGUAGGUUAAGAAAAUAUGUGAAUAGUUGUAUUAAGAUACUUGUUAUAUAAAUAUAUAAAUUAUGGUUUACUCAAUAAAUUAAAUGUAAGGCUAGUGAAGUUGUAAAUUUAUCAAUUAAAUGAUCUAUAUUUUUAU